GACUUGGAGAUGCCUGAUUGCUGGAGAGAGACAGUCAAUCGUUUCUAGAAAGUCCCUAAGCCAACCGGCUUGCCCUAGUGUAAGAAGCACAUCUGCACAUUCCCAUCCAGAAACGGGGCUCUGUGCUCUGCAUCCAGCACAGGGGAGCCCAGACACCUUCAAUGGAGGAGCAGCCUGGACAGCAGCAGCAGCAUCAUCAUCUCCACUCUCCGCCGUCUCACAACCAUUACUACUGUUAUAGCCACAGUAAGCACCCACCAGCCCCAAACCUGCAGCAUGGAGCAGAAGCCAGCGCCAAAUACCAGCCCAAGCCGCUGAAACAUGACCACAAACACGCCCUACAGCACCAGGAAACGCACCCGAAGAAAACAGACCAUGGAGAGCUAAAUGGUUUAGCUGGAGACAGACACACCCCUCCAAAGACACUGGGUUCUGACAAAGUUGCAAACCAGACUUCCUCCCGGGUUUCCAACGGCAGCCAGCAAGUUGUUGACGCGAGCACCAACCCCAAGCAGCCAGCCAAGGCCCACAAUUUUGGCAAAGCGAGCAGCAAAACAAAACCAUUGCUCCAUAAAAACAGUAUGGACAAAAGGAAUGAAAAGUCUUACGAAAACAAAAUUAAAGAGAGCAAGUGCACAGACAAGGGGGAGAUUGGGCCUGUUCAGAAUGGUUUGCUUUCCAAUAGCCCUGGAUAUAUAACUAACGGUUAUGUGAGCAAAAGUGCUGAAAACGAUGGCAGUGGGUCAGAGAAUGGAUAUGCAACGCCCAAGAAAAGGAAAGCUAGGUGUACCAAUGCCAAAGUGGUGGAGGUGUCCUUCUCUGUGGUAGAUAAAAUGAUGGACAUUGAUGGCAAGUUGGAAUCUGAUUUAAUAGCGGAUCAAAGGGCUGGAACAAGACUGGAUAAUGCUAAAUCCACUUGGAAAUGUGAGUCUGGAUUUGGUAGUGCAGGUCGUGGUAAACCAAUCUCUGGAGAUAUACAGAGGAAAAACUCUGAUGCCAAACCUGUCACAGGAAAAAAAUUUGAUGACCGGCCCAAAGGGAAAACUUCCCCGGCCGCCACCUCCUCUAAAGAGGACUCCUGGACUUUGUUUAAACCUCCUCCUGUGUUCCCAGUAGACAAUAGCAGUGCUAAAAUAGUUCCCAAAAUAAGUUAUGCAAGCAAAGUUAAAGAAAACCUCAACAAAGCAGCCCAGAACAACUCUCCUGCUUCACAAUCUUCCCUUGCCUUCACUCCUCAGGCUGGUGAGGUCCCAACAUUGAACUGUGUGUCCCAGGUCCCUAUGUCUGCCAUGAAGUCUAUAUCUACAGUAAAUUUUGCCAAUGGACCCUUGUUAUUAGGAGCUGAUGGGGGUUUUAUGGCCACCGCUGCUAGUACUGUUUCACACACACUGCCUGGGGGAGCUGAUACUUUACCCUCAGAAUCUGCUUGUGCCCCUUCUGAACAAAGGAAGCCCGGUCUUUUUACUUAUCCUUUAAAUAUGCAACAUGCACUGCCGGACACAAUACAGGGGGAACAGUCUGGCCAGUCAAAUCAACAUAGUCUGGGAGAAAUAUUUCAGAAUCAGUGGGGCUUAUCUUUUAUAAAUGAACCUAGUGCUGGGCCAGAGGCCGUAACUGAUAAGCCUGCAUUUGGACAAGUGGUCUGGGAACACCCUAUCCCAUUGGUUUCACAGGGUGCUGAUGUAUCUGCCUCAGGAAAUGAGCGCCCGGUUUUCCCCAAGGCCUAUGAGUUAGAGAAACGGACUAGCCCUCAGGUUCCAGAUGGUGUUACCCUGAAAGCAUCUCUUGUGGGUCAAGGGGGUGAUGGGGCUGGGUUAUCCUCCGAUCCUAAGGAGUUAGGGGAGCUGCAAAAGACAGACACUGCUAGCCAUGGUCAUUUAGUGUUUCAGUCCAAGGUCUUUGAUAUGGAAGUUCCUGCACAGACCUCCCUGAAAAACACUUUACAGACCUCCGCCAAAGAAAAGGGGUACCACGGAGAUCAUGAACGCAAAGAUAGCUGGGGUUCUUUUGACCUGAGGGCUGCUAUACUCUAUCACACUAAAGAAAUGGAAUCUAUUUUGAAUUUACAAAAACAAGAUCCCAAUAGGAUAAUCACUUAUAAUGAAGCCAUGGACCGUCCCGAUCACUGAGAAUACUAACAGAGGACUACUGGCUUUCCUUUUCCUAUGUCACUUCAUAUGUGCAUGAGAGACAUUACCUGGAUAAUCAUGCCUUUGCAAUUCUUCAGUGUAACAGUGGAAAAAAAAACGUAAAAUAGAA